GGAACCCCUAUGUACAAAAAGUCCUGUCCUGGGCCAGUCUUGAGGAGAAAGGAACCACAAUGAAUGUGUGUUUAACUGAUAAAAGAAUUGAGAGAGAAAACUUAUGAAACCAACAGAAAUAAACUGAAUCCCUGGGGAAAAAAGCUAAAUAUGACCAUUCUUCCUUCUUUCAUUCAACUACAGUAUUUAUCAUAAACUUACGAUGUGCCUUGUGCUGAGCUAGGCACGCAGGGAGUAGCAAGAAGCAGGCCUGUGAAAUCCUGCCCUCGUGGAGCAUAGGUUAGAGUGGAAAGAGAAGGACUGUAACCAGACAACCACCAGUGCUGAGGAGAGGAAGCAGCUGCUGGGCAUUUUGCCAGGAGACUGCCAGCGAUGGAGUUCCUGAUAUUUGAGAGUCAGUUUCUUCUGUCGCUUGGUUUAAUAUGGUUCUCUUCUCUCCCUGUUUUCCACCUUUCUGCUCAUGGCCCUCACUCAUCAGCUGACCACAUUGCCUUCUACGGUGCAGAAUUCUACCAGUCUUAUGGUCCCUCCGGCCAGUACAUCUUUGAAUUUGAUGGAGACGAGGAGUUCUACGUGGACCUGGAGAGGAAGGAGACUGUCUGGCGGCUGCCUGUCUUUAGUGAAUUUACAAGUUUUGACCCACAGGGUGGACUGAGAAACAUAGCUAUAGACAAACAUAACAUUGACAUCUUGAGUAAACGCUCCAACUACACUGCAGCUACCAAUGAGGUUCCUGAGGUGACUGUGUUCCCCAAGUCCCCGGUGACGCUGGGCCAGCCCAACACCCUCAUCUGCCUGGUGGACAACAUCUUCCCUCCUGUGAUCAACAUCACAUGGCUGAGCAAUGGGCACCCAGUCACAGAGGGGGUUUUUGAGACCAGCUUCCUGUCCAAGGAUGAUCAUUCCUUCUUGAAGAUGAGUUACCUCACCUUCCUCCCUUCUGCUGACAACAUAUACGACUGCAAGGUGGAGCACUGGGGCCUGGACCAGCCGCUUCUGAAGCACUGGGAGCCUGAGAUUCCAACCCCCAUGUCAGAGCUGACGGAGACCGUGGUCUGCGCCCUGGGGCUGGCCGUGGGCCUUGUGGGCGUCGUGGUGGGCACCGUCCUCAUUAUCAAAGGCCUGCGCUCUGGUGGUGCCUCCAGACGCCCAGGGCCCUUAUGAAAGGAAGGUACAUCGCCCAUCUACAAGGGCAGAAAAGUGGACGUGCUGAUGCCCAGUGCUGUUUUCUGGUCCAGAGCAUCAUAUUCCUUCUUUCCUCCUACACUCCUCUCACUGCUUCUCUGGGGUUUAAGGUGCUGUGUCCCCUCACAUCUCACAUACCCCUCAGAAUGCUCCCCCAACCUCCAAAUGUUUUUUCAUUUCUCAAUUGUUGCCUAUUAUGGGAUUCCUGGAGUAGCCUGCCCACUACCUAAUCCCUCAGUGACCCUGAGCUAAUAAUAUCUCCAUGGAAGCAAUAAACCUUCUUUAUGAGUUUUUUACUGAA